AUGGCAACACUUGAUGUAUACUUUGAUAUUGUAGGAAGAUAUGAGGAAAUUAAGAUUGGAUUGAGCUACGAAGAGUCAUACUUAACUAAUGAUGAUUUAAGAAAAUUAAGAGAGAAAAAGCAUGGAUGCUAUGUCAUCUUGAUUAAUCUGUUUACUUAUGACAUUCAGUAUUAUUCAAGAGAGGAAUAAUGCCAGCUAUUCAAGAGCAUCAAAUCAAAAAUUAUGUCCAGGCUAACAAGCAUAUCUUAUUCGGGUCAUCUAGCCAAAAUCAUUGAACCCUUAUUUGAAAUUGAGAAAUAUUCUAAUGACGAUGAGAAUUUUGAUUCAGAUUCAGACUUAGAUUCAUCAGAUAACUCUGAUUCAGAAUCUAAAAAGAAAAAGAAAGAUGAUUAGGAAGAAGUAAAUUCUGAUAAGAUUAAAAAGUAAGAGGAAAAAAAAAAGUAAGAGGAAUAAAAAGCAGCUGAUAGAUUACUUCCCUAAGCAAAGGCAUUUUUCGGAGAAAAUUAAUUAGAAUAUCUCAAAUCAAAACUAACUGGGGUAAAUAUUUUAGAGAUGACUUCCGUUUCAGACAGAGUUGAGUUUAUAUUUGCUUGUCAUGCUCUCUCAGAAAUAUUCCUUAAUAAUCAUACAACAGAUGAACCUUCCCUUAUUUUCAUUAGAGAAAAUUAUGAGAAAUUCAAUGAAACUCUCUUAUAGAUAUUUGAUAUAGCUAAGACUAAGUUCUUAGAAUUAAGUAAAGAUGAUCAGUAGUAUAUAAUGUUGCUUGGAAAUACUGUGGCAUACUUAUUUCUAGACCUCUUUCUUAAUCAAGUAAAUCCUGAUUUGAUAUCAGAAGAUGGAAUUCUGAUAGAAACUGACUCAGCUCUAACGACACUCAAGAUGUCUCUAGAGUUUAAUGAAUUCUUGCUUUCUUAAGAGGUUUAAAGCCAUCCUAUUUUGAUACAUCUAUUUGAUUAAAUGGGAUAAUUUACCUGUAAAUUAGUAACAUACUCUGCAUCAUAUAUUGCUAUGACAAUUCCAAGUCAGCAUGAAGACAUAAUUAGAAAGGGUUGCGCAGACAUCAUAAAAAUGAUUUAAUGCAUUAUCAAGCCAUUCUAAGAUAGUAAAGAGAGGCUCAAUCUCUACAGACACAAAUAGGAUUUAGUGUUUGAUAUCUUUGACUCUCUGAACUAAAUAUUCAACAAUGCAGAUAUUAGUUUAAUUGAGCCUUUACUAACAGAUGAACUAUUCUCAGCAAUUCUCUUUAUUUUCAAUUUAGAUCAUAGAGAAUAGAAAUUGCUUGAGAAGUCGAAUGAGACUACUGAAUUUUUCCAACUUUAGAAUGGAGCUUCAAGAAGAUAUUACAAAGAAUUUGCCUUUGCAUUUGUAAAUGACAUUAUAAAGCACCCAAAAGCUAUAAUCAAGUUUCUGAGCUACUAUGUUCAAGUAUUCAAUUAAAAUAGAAAAGGAAAUUAAGAAGAAAGAGAAAAAGCAACUGCUGCAUUAUUUGUAUUAAGUCUUUGUGAUAGUUAAUUAUUAGAAAAUGAAAAGCUAUUGAUCGCAAACUUUUGUAAAAGUUAAUUAAUAGACUUGGUAUUAAACUAACAAGAAGAUUAACUAAUGAGAUUUAGGGCUAUAUGGAUUUUAGAGACAUAUGUAUCUUUUUUGGAUAAAAGUGAUAUUAUGACUUUGAUGCUAUAUUAUGGCAAGGUAUUUACAUAGAGUUAGGAAAAAGUUGAGGAGGAUAAACUCAUUAUUUCUGCAAUGGCUAUGGCAAUAUUCAAGUAUAUAUCUGAAUCUGAUUAGCAAAUGGAUAAGGAAGGAGGUUAACUGACAGAUUAAUAAAUUUAAGAAAACUUGAAAAUGACUCCAUAAUAAUUGUUAGAAUUGUUUAUUGACUACAGUUAUAAAUAUCCUGAAUUAUUUGAAUUCCCCAAUGGCAUAUAAAAUAUGAUGAUUCUUUUUGAAGAACAAGUGAAAUUUGAUGUUGCUCUUAUUGAUAAUUCUUUGGAGACUUUGAUUAGAGGUUUUAAUGUGGUAGUUGCUAAAGCAACAUUGUAGGAUGAUCAAGGCUAGUCAGAAGAUGAUGAUGAAUACUUAGAAUAUAUGCAGACAAUUAGUGAAAUUGUAGAUAGAGCUACAUUCUUAAGUAUCUUAGAUGAAUCAAAAGUAGAUUAGCUAAAAGUCAUAAUUAAGAAGCAUUUUAACUAAUUUGCUCUAGGAGGUUUACAUAACCCUGGUAAAAGACUAAUGAGCGUGAUGAAAAGUUUCUACAUGUUCUUUACCACGAAUUAAGUCUAAUUUAAUUUUGAGGAGCCUACUACAGAAUAGUAAAAAAAGAAUACGAAGUUAAACGAAUCAAGUAGUGAAAGUGAAGAUGAAUAAGAGGAAGAAAAGAAAUAAUAUGAAGAUGAAAAUAAUAAUGGCAAUAAAUCUAUAGCAAAUACUGGUCCGCCUUCAGACACUGAAGUCAUUAGAAUACUACUAUUGAAUACUAUUUACACAUUCAACUCAGCAGAAAAGGUGAAACUGAUGCAAGAUAAAGCUUCUCAAUAUGUUGCUGCAGAUGAUGGAGAUAGUAGCAAUGAAAAUAAGAGUUUAGAAUCUGAGUCUCAUACAUCAUCAUCAGGAGAGUUCGAGAGUGAUAAUAAUUUUUAAGUUACACUUACUGCAUUAGAUGACGACUGCUAUACCAUUCAUUUCAUACUCUACUAAACAAAGUGCCAAAUUAAAGAUCUUUUUAAAGGAGUAGCCAAUUUAAAUAACGUAUCUGAUAUAUAUGAGCCCCUUGUUUAGAACGCCAUUCAAAACAUCAUGAGACUUUUUACUAUAGGAUUGUAAACCUAAAUUGACCAUAAAUUUGUGAACAAAAUAUCUUACUGGAUGGUUAUGAACACUUUAAUAGAGAAUGACUACCUGACUGAGGUUGAUGAGUAAUACUUGUCAUAGCUUGAAGAUGGUUAAGAACCAUUCUAUCUUUUUGAAAAAAGUUUGGAAUUACUUGCCUUCUCUAUUAAUCUCUAAAAAACAUAGGAAGUUGCCUACUUGUUUUACUUUUAUGAACUAGCUUUGUAUUACAGUUAUCAGAAUGAUACAGUAAUAGAAUAAAUGCUAAAAAUCUAACCAGCUGACCUAAAUUUAUUUUUGAAGGAAUUUACAUUUUACUAAGAAUAGAGCAUCUUCUUAGUAGAUGGUAGAAAAUAUUUGAUUGAGAAUUUUAAGGGUUACUACUGGCUAGUUAGAGCAUUGAUGAUUCUUAGUUAGAUCGAUUAGUACAAAGCCUAGAUUGAUAGUUUUAUCUUAAGAAAUCUUAAAACUUUUUCUAUGCUUACCAGGAUUAUAAGUGACUAGCUAUAUCUUAAAAAGCCCUUCCCUUAGCUUGAUGCAGUUAACUAGAAUUUGAUCAAUUAGAAACUAGCAUUAGACAUUAAAAAUCUUCAGACCUUGUUAGAUACUGAAGAAUUUGAUGAUUUCACAGAAUAGGGACUAAUUUUUUAUUAUAGUAGCCAUUAGACUCAAAUAGGCCCAGAAGAUUAUAUUGAGGAUUUCAUUGGAUUAUAUGAAAUGAUUAAGGAUUACCCGAUUGCAAAAGAGAAUGCUUUGAAUUAAAACGAUAAAGUAACUAUUAGCUAGAAAUUUAAGGAGAUGAUUAGCUUUUUGAAACAAUAAAAGGCGAUAUAUGAAGAUAAGGAAGAGAGUGACGAUGAUAAAGAAGAUGGAAAUGAUAAGGUAGAUGAAAUUGAUGAUGAUGAUAAUGAUGAUUGA